GCUUAAUUCAACUCUGCGAACCAGAGGCGCGCUGCUUGUAACUGUGCGCUAGGUCAAUUUGCUAUUCCACCAAGAUGGUGGAUGAGUAUGUUACACCUGAGGAGAAGGCAGCUAUAUGUUCUAGAUUACUUUUGCUUGCACCACCAUGUGAAUUUAAUGAAGUGUUAGAUGAUAUCCGUACUAUCUCUGGUGAUGACCAUCAAAUCCAGAAGAAGCUAGCGGCAUCGAUAGCACAGUAUAAUAAAGAUCAAAUGAUUCAAGUGAAGUUACCUAAUUGCGAGUAUCCAUCGUUGAUUACUACAUAUGGAGACUUGGGAAAUGGAUAUUUUAUGUGUCCCAGGUCGCAGUUGACAUUUCAUUUCGACCAUCUUAAGCAGACAGUCAGUGAUGUUAAAAGCUUUGACAAGAGUAUCAUUGAUAAUAUAGACCAUGAUUUGGAAAGUUGGAGGCAUGCCCUAGAAGCUAGCGCUACUCUCUAUGUAACUGAACAUUUCCCUGAAGGAGCUGUUGAAGUGUACGCUUUAAGAUUGAAUGAUGGUGCACGAGGUCUUGUUAUGUGCAUUCAAUCUGAAUUCAGUAAGCACCAAUCAACUGGUCGAUGGCGAUCUGAAUGGACUUUCAAGCUAGUUGGACAAGAACCAUCAACAGGGUUUUCAGUUCAUGGUGUUAUGAAAGUUCAGACACAUUUAUACGAGGAGGGUAAUGUUCAAUUGAUUUCAUCGAAAGAAGUUGAUUUUACUGUUACGGAAUCACUUCCUAAAGAAUUUGCCAAGGAAUCUAUCAAUAAAAUAAAAGCAGGUGAUUGUACAUAUCAAACUGCUAUCGCUGAUAAUUUUAAAACAAUGUCCGAUACAACGUUUAAAGCUCUUCGACGCCAACUACCUUUAACUCGUUCCAAAUUGGAUUGGAAUAAAAUUAUCACUUAUCAAAUAGGCAGUGAACUAUCUCGAGCACCACCGAGUUAAAAAUGAAAGUAGUGUGUCCAUUUAGAAAUUAUUGAUGAUUUUCCUUGUUAUAUCAUACACACUCAUACACACACACCCACCAGCCAGAUCGAUAGACAGACAGACAGUAACAGUGUGAGUGUGUGUGGUCUCUCUUCUGUUUUUUCUUUUCGACCAAUAAGAUGAUAAUUAAUGAGGAGACAAUUUGUUGUGUUCUAAUAUAUUUUGAUUAAUUAAUUAAUUAAUUAAUUAUUAUUUUUUCUGUUUUUUUUAAUUUUUAUUUUUUAAAUAAUGUAUAAAACUAAAACGAUAAAAAAAAGCUAAACAAAUUUGAAAGAAAUUCACUCAACCAACCAACCAACCAACACACACACAUCAUAUUUUGCUGAUGAUUUAUAAGUAUUGUUCGUUUUGUGUAUUAUUUUUUUUCUAUAUUGGCCAAAUGAAUAAAAAGGAAAAAAAAACCGUAAAAUAAUUAAAACUGUCCCUCUGUACUUUUCCGGUUUCCCUUCUUCUUCUUCUUCUUCUUGAUAACAACUCCUAUUGAUGAAAUCAAUCAUCAGACAUGUGUGUGUGUGUGUGUGUGAUUUUCUAUUUCCCUUUCUCUAGUAUAGAGUAGUGUUUGAUACAUUUGUGAAUUGUGUUUGGAAUAAGUUCAUUUAUAUUUUUUUAUUAUAUAUAUAAUUGUGUUAUACGCGAUAGAUGGGUGGUAUAUUUGGAUUCUAUUAGUUUUAUGUGUGUGUGUUGGUUUUCGUUUUUUAGAAAUAUAUAUCUAUACAUAUAUAUACAUAUAUCUAUAGUACUGUUAAGUUUAUGUAUAUGAAAUCAAUUUGUUUGUCCACUGAUUAUUAACUAACAUAGUAGGUGAGUGAGUAUUUGUGGUUGCUAAAUAUAUAUAU